AUAUAUCAUUCUUAAACAAAUAAGUAAGAUUAGAUUCUUUUCUUUCAAUUUUUUUUGUGUACCACAUGUUAACAUUAAAGAAAUUUUGAGAAUUAUAUUUAUUUUUAGAGAAUCAUAUGAACUUCUCUCAUAAUUUUCAAUUUCCAGGUUAUAAAUAAAUUGCCAACACAUAAGCCUUUUCAAUAUAUCUCUUCUUUCUAUUUUCAAUUUUUUCAUUUGCUUUGCUACAAAACUAUUAUGGCAAAUCUUCCUCGCUUUGGCCGUGCACGGCAACGUCUUCCUGCGGUGCCGCCGCCAGUUCCCGCCGCAGCACAGCCUGCUGUCGAACCCAGGUAUCAAAUUCUGCCGUUUGCUACGACCAUCACUACGCCCGCCCCGGCUUCUCCUCGGAGAGAAUCCCCUCGCCCGCUUUCUUCUCCACCGAAGAAAGCCACGUCACCAUUUGCAUCACCAAAAUAUGGAGAUUCUGGCACACGUUUGGACAGAUCGCCGGCGGCGAAGGCCACAAUGUCGCCUCCGGAUUCGGUUAGAGAUAAAUAUUUUGAGAGGAGGAAUGGGGAAACAACCCCACCUCUGUCGCCGGCCAAGUCCCGGCGAGCAAAGACGCCGCCGCUUUCUCCUCUUGCUCUGCCACGUAACCAAGUGUUUACCGGGAACGGGACGACGGCUCAACCCAGGGUUCAACCGGAGGUGGAGACCAAAGGCAUUGUAUACAACAAGACCAUUGAGAAGCCAUCGAAGUCAAACCGGUCGUCGGGCGAGUACGGCUCCAGCAAGUCACACCAAAAGAAGCAGAAGCCGGAGGUUAUAAAACUCAAAGGACAUAACGUUGGCGCCGUCAUGGAAAUAAACAAGUCAUCCACUGGCUAUCAUUUGGGCGGAGAAACCUUAAAAAAGAACGAAACAGAAGACGUCGGCGAUGUCCAUGGAUAUGGACAUGAAGAUAAGAAAACGGAGACAAAGAAGAAGGAACCGCCGAUAACCGCAUUUAUGAACAGUAAUUUUCAGAGUGUAAACAAUUCUCUUCUGUUCGACUCGUCGUGCAACCACCGUGAUCCUGGCCUGCAUCUCGCGUUCCCCGAUGCGGUGGAUGGUGAUGGAGCCAUUGUUGACGGCCAGAAGAGCUACAAGCCCAAGCGUCAGUGAGGUUGGACGGAGAGAAGUAGUACUAUGUUAUUAUUAUAUGAAAUAAGCCAUUUAAGGGUUGUAUCGAUAUUUAUGUAACCAUUAAUAAAAUAUAUAUUAUAAGAAAUUUCU